GAGGAUAUCUCGAUCGUAUCCCAGCUGGCCGAUCCAGUGGCAUUUGUGCAACUUGUCACGAAUACUAGCGAGUACCUCUCGACUAUGGAAUCCACCGCCUUGACAAGCUACAUAGCCGACCUGGACGCUGCUGCCAUCUACGGUGGGUCGCCAAACACAUCAUCAUUGCGGCCAGUGCGCUGUGUGGGCACCGCUGGCUCGUCCCUCAGGUGGGUCAAUGGGUUUUGCGUGAGCUACACCGAGCGCAAGAUCUACCAUGCGUGGACCGUCAACUACUUCCACAACGGCGAGGAGGCGCGCGGCGGUGCAAGGACGAAUGCUGUCAUGUUUUUUGUGUACCACGGCAACUUUCUGGACCAGCGUCUCUGCGAACCGCCGGUGCCAGACGCGGUGGCCGUCGCCGGUCUCGGGUACUUUCGCGUGAAUCGCGCGUGGGUCCGGACGAUUGACGACCCGUUCAGUUUCCAGGGCAUUCGAGACGACGGUGCGGCAAUCGUGGUCGUGAGCUUCCUCUCCGUCCUUAAACAUAAUGGCGCCAAGAUGCUUUUGGGGCUCCAAGCACCAAACCCGUGCUUCGACGUGCUCCAACACGUGGACUACGGCUACACCAACCUCGUCACGUCCGAGUUUAUUUGGCUCGGACCGCAGCUAGCAACAAACAUUGCGCAGUUUGUGGUCGUUCUCUUGGCCCUCGGGUCGGUCAAGAGCGAUAUUUCAGUUUCGAUCCUCGUGGAUUUGGUCUCAGCCACGACGUACUCUCUUGUGCUUUUCGUGUUUUCGCUUCUCGGCAAGUAUUACCUCGUCUUUAACCUGAGUAGCAUCCUCACGUCCGACUCGCUUGUCUCGAUCUGCCUCAUUUCAGUCGUAUCGUUUUACCACAAUUUGAUCGUGUCCCAUGUCUGGCCGUCCAAACUCUUUGCCGCUCUCACGCCGUCGCUCAUUCGAACUGGCGUCAUCCACCGCGGGUUCCUCACCCUUUUGGCGCUGGCCGUCACGGUCACUGAAGUGUGUCUCGGCUGCACCUACAACGAGAGCCUCCAGGUCGGAACGAAUCCGGCGCCGUGCAUCUUUGGUGUUGGCGACUGCUUCAACGCCAUCAAUCUCCCCGUUGUCGGGUGCGUUGUUGGGUAUCUGUGUCUGCUCACGGUGUACACGCUUGGCAUCACGACGUACAUACGAAGCCAGCCCCAUGGUCAUUUCGUCGCCGCAAAACUGAUGAGCUUCAGACAAGUUCAGCUCGCGACACUGGAUCAGGCUCCUGCGACGACGUUCGAGACGUUUUGCUGCGGCAAGCGCCUCGACCAGCUCCUUCAGGCACGCUACCUCUGCGUCGACGUCCAGUCCGGACAGAUCGGGACGCACAUCCUCGCAGUCAUGACACUUGGUUUCGUGCCGACGCGGUCUGGUCUCCUUCUUCGGUUCAAUGACUACCUCACGCUCGCCAUUGCUCGCUUCUUGCCUGGUCGGUGGAAGCGGCGGCUGCGCAUCUUGAUUCCGAUUGCGACCAUCUCGAGGGGCAGUAUCAGCGGCCCCGUCACGUUCAUGCAAGUUGGCGACCUUCCCGUCGACGAUCUGCGUAUUAGCGCGCUGCAAUGUAUCGUGUAG